AUGGGGCAUUCGAAACACUCAAGAAAGAGGAAGCGAAGGGAAACGUCGUCGUCCUCAUCUGAAGAUGAAGAAGACACAUCAUCUGAGGAGGAAACAUCAUCUUCAGCUCAGCAGACAUUUCAGUGGCUUCAGGAACAAAUGAUUUCAUUUCAGCAGCGACUGAAUGAACUGCAGCGGAAUGUGAGUGCACCUAAACGAAAAUCGCAAACCUGCCAGCAAAUUCAGCAGGAGAUAUAUUUACUUGAGGAAAGAAAGAGUAUAAUUCAGCAAGAGAUGGAUACUUAUCAGCAGAACGAAGGGCAACAAACAGAGGAUUUAGAUCCUCCCGAUCAACCAUCUGUUUCUCCACAGCACACUCCUCCACAGUCACCGAAGUACUCUCCCCCACCGCUGGAGCCGCGAGUAUUGCGGCCUCGUACAACAAAACCGACACCGGGGACAUCUUCACGCGGCAGAGGGAGACCACGUCGAAGCAGCCAAUGGAGCUCAGAGGACAUCCCUUUGCAGCCACUGGAGCAGAGCGCGGGUUACGCAGUAGCGGGACCCUCAGGAAUACGUAGACCCUCCAGGAAGCCUAGAGACCACCAGUCAAGCGAUGAUGAUUCGAGCUCAGGCGAUACCCCAAAGCAGCCGCCGGAUUACGCAGUAGCAGGACCCUCCGGAGUGCUGGGACCAUCCAGAAAGAGGGGACGCUACAGAGAGCCGAAUGACCGUCAGUCAAGCGAUAACGGUCUGGGCAAAGGCAGUCGGGCAAUGGAGCAGCAGAAACCGUUAGUGCGGGUGCAGGGAACUCCAGGGAAUGCUGGACAGAUGCACCACACUGCAGCCGCCGCCGAUGGGCCAGCACGCCACCUAAGGUCGGCAAAUGCCAAACGAAUCCAACCGCGUGCCCCUGCGACGGUUGAUGACCCGACGACUGAAAGAGUGCCUUUCGCUUCUGCAGUACAGGAGGAGAGGCAGCCGCUGUUGCGUGCAUUGCUAUCAGCUAAGCCGGCAUCAGAUAGCACAAUACAGUCACCUGUGGCUACUAGCAAUGUACGCCCGCACUGUAAAGGAUACAGAAAACUGAAAACUGAAUGGAUGUUACGCGCACCACUGGUAACAGAUUACCCAUCUACGGAGCAGCAGACAGUCUCAGACAUGCUGCCAGAAUUACAAAGAUCUGAAAGACGACGUUCCAGUCCAACAUCAGAGACGCUUGAAUCACCGACGACACAGCAGCAGACGUCCAGAUUCGUGAACGAAGGAGUGACAAGUUCGCUAGAUACAUUGGCUGCAACUGCCUGCGCAGUGAAAAUGCAACAGUCAGUAUCAAAACGAUCUGAAAUACAGGCUACAGACUUAGCGCCACCAACGUUUGAUUCGCUGAUGACACAACAACAAACAUCCACCUUUGUGAACAAACCAGAGCCGAUGAGCGGAUACUCUCUAGAAACCUUAGCGGCAGCUGCUAGCUUAUUGGAACUACACAGAGGUGAAACACAGCGUACCGCUGCAACGACGGAAUUCCCGAAACCACCGCCGCGGAAGUCCACGCCACAAACUCAAAAAGUGUCAAGUUUCCGACGGUAUUUGGAGCCUCUCACAACUGCUGGCAACUCACUACUACCGCAGCCUCAGUUAUGUACGGCGUCAGCCACGCCGACCCACUCUCAGCUUCCGUCCGACAACUCAUCGGUUCAGCUUGUAGAAGCAGAUUCUGCGACUGUGUACGGCGACCCACGCCGGGCGCCACAGGCAAUUGAGACAUUGGUAGAUGGCCCACAGGAAGUGCCAAUGCCACGACCGGCACAUCUGCUGCAGCUGACACACCUCUUCAUGAAGUACAGUGCUCCACAAUGCCCACCUGCCCCUUAUGCCAUCCCGCUCCGACCGCCGCUGGACCGUGGCGGCCAUCAGCGGAAGACCAGUGACGUCAUCCAAAUGGCCGACCGUGCAACAGCUGAUCUUGCUGUUAGUGUUGCCAUCUCCUUAUCCGUGCGCGAAGAUCCAAUGUCGGAGUAA